AUGGCGCCUGCAUCGUUUUCUGUCUCUGGAAAGACAGCCAUAAUCACCGGAGCUGGCUCAGGAAUCAACUUCUCGUUUGCCAAGUUGCUUCUCUCCCGCGGAUGCAAUGUCACAAUCGCCGACCUCAGUCUACGACCCGAGGCAGACGCCCUCAUCGCCGAGUACAAUGGUACCAACUCCAGAAAGCCCCGUGCCAUCUUCGUCAAGACGGACGUGACCAAGUGGCCCGACCUCCAUCGCAUGUUUGACGAGACAGUGGCGGCAUUCGGAUCCUUCGACAUCGUCUGCCCAGGCGCCGGCGUGUACGAGCCGCACUGGUCCAACUUCUGGCACCCCCCAGGCUCGGCCGAGAGCAAGGACCCGGUCGAGGGCAACCACUACUCGCUGCUCGACAUCAACCUGACGCACCCGAUCCGAGCGACGCAGAUCGCGCUUUCGUACUGGCUGUUCCCUGAAAAGGCACCGCGCGUACAGGCAUACACGGCCAAGGCGUCUCCUCAGAACCCCAAACGGGUGGUCCACAUCUCGUCUGUCGCAGGGCAGCUCCCCGUCUUUCGCGCCCCGCUCUACGGAGCCUCCAAGUUCGCCGUGUCGGGCUUCGUGCGGUGUCUGGCGUCGCUGGACGAUGCGUACGGGGUGCGUGUCAACGCUGUGGCGCCUGGUAUCGUCAAGACCCCGCUGUGGACGGAGCAUCCAGAGAAGCUCGUCAACCUGGACCAGAAGAACGACGGUUGGGUGACGCCCGAGGAGGUGGCCGAGGCCAUGCUGGCGUGCGUGGAGCAGGAUGACAAUGUCGGAGGGACAAUCCUGGAGGUUGGCAAGGAGCAUACGAGGCGGGUGGGUGCUCUCAACGAUCCUGGGCCGAAUCUCACUCAGGGUUACGGCAUCUGGGCCGGGAAUGGUUCUGAGGGUGAUGACAUGGUAUGGGACUGGUUGAAGAGCGGCGAUGUUUGGGGGUUUAAGGGUCGAAGCAAGCUGUAG